GAAGGGACAGCUAACACAUGCUGCCUGUUUGUCGGAAAUUUUGGAACGAUAUGAACUGUAUUUGUGUUAGUGAUAGUUUCUCCACGCUACACAAGCUAUUCUUACUGCACAGUCACAUAGCAAUGAAGUCAAACCUAACGGUGAAUUAAAAAUGUCCCAAGUUUGGGACAAUUUUAUUCUUUCAAAGAAAAACAGUCUUGUGCUCAGUUUGUAAAUUGGAACACUAAAUCGGUCAUUUGGGGGUAAUGAAGGACAGGGCCGUCUUGAUGAGGUUAUUUUCAGGAGCUUUGCUUUCGAAGCGGAUACUGUCCGUGGCAGUGGUCGCUUUUGAAGCCACCAUUUAUUUUAGGCGUCUGACAUUUGAGCUCCUGUCAUGGCAGCGACCCGCAGAAGCUGUGGCUGUGUCCGACGUUGAACGACUUCUUCCUCUCAAUAUAAUGGAUAAUCUUUGAUAGGAUAGGAGGGACUGAGUGAGACGAAACGCGUGUGGAAGCAAAGAGCUGUUGUGUCAAUCACUUCAUCAUGACUAAAGAGGAGGAGAUCCCAGACUGGGUGGGCGCCCAGGAAUUCUAUGACAACUAUGAGCCGAAGGAGAUUCUGGGAAGGGGAGUGAGCAGCGUGGUGCGUCGCUGUGUUGACAAACGGACGUCUCAGGAGUAUGCUGUGAAGAUUAUCGAUGUCACUCCCUCAGACAAAAUGACCCCAGAGGAAAUUGAGGAGAUCAGGGACUCUACAGUGAAGGAAAUUGAUAUCCUCAAGAAAGUCUUUGGACAGGAGAAUAUUAUACAGCUAAAAGAUUGCUACGAAUCCAACGUAUUCUUCUUCCUGAUUUUUGACCUGAUGAAAAGGGGAGAACUUUUUGACUACCUCACGGAGAAAGUAACACUGAGUGAGAAGGAAACAAGGAACAUCAUGCGUGCUCUGCUGGAUGUGGUUCACUUUCUCCACGACCAGAACAUAGUUCAUCGAGAUCUCAAACCUGAAAACAUUCUUUUGGAUGAUGAGAUGAACAUCAAACUGACUGACUUUGGCUUCGCUGUGCAAAUCCAACCGGGAGAGAAGCUUAAAGAGGUGUGUGGGACUCCUGUUUAUCUUGCACCCGAGAUCAUCCAGUGCUCCAUGGACUCUGGCCACGAGGGAUACGGAACUGCUGUGGAUAUAUGGAGUGCAGGGGUGAUUAUGUACACUCUGUUAGCUGGUUCCCCACCCUUCUGGCACAGGAAACAGAUGCUGAUGCUGCGUAUGAUUUUAGCGGGAGAUUACAGUUUUUCAUCCCCUGAAUGGGAGGACCGUUCCGACACAGUCAAAGAUUUGAUCUCUCGGAUGCUCGUGGUGGACCCAAGACAGCGGUACACUGCCGCCGACGUGCUCAACCAUCCGUUCUUCUCGCAGUAUGUGGUGGAUGAAGUCCGACAAUUAAGUCCAUACAGAAAAUUCAAGGUCAUCUGCCUCACGGUGCUAGCCACUAUGCGCAUCUACUGCAGCUACCGUAGAGUCAAGCCUAUCACCAAGGAGGUGAUCCAGAGUGACCCAUAUGCAUUCAAGCCCCUUCGCAAGCUCAUUGAUGCAUGUGCCUUCAAGAUUUACGGUCACUGGGUCAAAAAGGGCCAAACGCAGAACAGAGCAGCACUUUUCGAGAACACGCCAAAGGCCAUCCUGCUGUCUAUAGUGGAUGAGCCAGUCCAGAAUAUCUGGUAAUAUACAAUUGGUCGCUUCGGCUGUGUUGGUGGAGUUUGUAUUAUAAGUGAAAAUGGUGGAGCACUGAGAACAUCAAUAAGGUAACCAAACAUACCCCCAGCAAACUAAAUAUGUGUUACUUCAAAGGAAAUAAACUGAUAUAAAAUUUUAGUUGGCUCGCCAAAUGCAAUUAAAGAUAAGCAAACAUUUGUAGUAUCACAUGUACAUUUUUUAUUUUUAUUCUCACCAUUUCUGAAGUUGCUGCUUUUGACUACCUUCACUACAGAAAAAUAGCACCAUCUUUUGGAUUCAGGGAGACGCCGCAUCAUGCAUUUAAUGCAACUGUGUUUUUACUCGACACAAUACGUAUGGCAGUUUUUUUUUUUAAACUUACUUGUUAGUUAAAUCUGUUCUAAAGCCCUCUAGGCGUUCACAACUGUACAUCUUCAAAAGUCACUUGUUUUUUGAUUUGAUAACGCAUGCUGUUCAAUACUUUUUGUGAUCUUUUAACAUGGUAAAGCGCUUUCAAGUUUCAAUGUAGGUUCCUGCGUCAAAUGUCAUUAAUGUUUAAAUAUUAAAUGUAGCUUUGGUUCAUAAUUAAAAUUGCAGACUGCUUUUGGUUAUUUCUUAAUGCUCAAUGUAUGCCAAUCCUCAAUGAGAAAUAAGACUAAUGUAUAAAAAAUAAUCUAAUUUUUCACGUUCAUAAUCUUAACUCAUACCACAUUCAUUUUUAACAAAACUUGUUUUCAAAUGGUAAGAUUGCCUGUUUUCCCUUUCUAUACAAGUAGUUUUUAAACAAAUAUAAUUUUGAAUUUUUCCUUCAACAUUGUCCUGCUUUUGGGCUCAACGGUGACGCGAGUUUGAUUCAUAUGCCAUAUAUUCAAGUUUGGUCAGAUGUGAUUGACAUGGUUGUACCUGUAGUGUCCAAUUAGAUGUGACCAAAAGGGUACAUUCCCUAAUGUUUGGAUGUGUGAAAAGUUGAUAAACCAAAAAUUUUGUAUAUUAAUGAAUUAAAAAAAAAAAAAAAACAGUGAGGAAGUCAGUGAUAAACGUUAUUUAUUUAUUUUUUUACUUAUAUAUAGGAACGUACAAUAAAUAUUCGUAACACCAAGACAGUUAUAUGUACCAUAUGCUUGAACAAAUAAAUGCCUGGAUGACCUCACUACACGAUCCACUCGGAUUUAGGCCAGUUGACCUUAAGAUCCUCUCGGAAGUCCUGUUGAAGGAGGGAAAAAAAGACAUAACUACAAGUAGAUAAUAGUAAAAGUCAGGAAAAUGUCACAAGUGUUUAAUUUGUUUUCAUUUCUAAAGUGCUGGGUGAAGUUAAGAAAUCACUCCCGCCAUCCAAAGAAAUGAGGCCAUGCUCUUGCAUGGUGUCUGACUGUGUCCACCACAGAGUUGGAACAGAAUUCAGCCAUGCGGUCAUUUGGUCAAGUUUGGUCCCAAUAUCAAUAAUGACUUCACGUUUCGAUUCUGAAACUAUUAGAUUAUGAAUGUGUACCUCAGCCUUUGGUCCAGAAACUGAAGAGUUGAUUCAGCAAGAGCUAUUCCCUCAUUUUCUGCGGUAAAAAGAAAAGGGAAACAUGUUACUUUCUGAAAUAUUGAAGUGAAAUGCCUUUAAAGUUUGCAUGAGAAUUGGUAUUUAUCUGUCCUCACCAGACAGCGAAAUGAGCUACAACACUGCUCACUCACUGUAAAGUCAAUGUGAGAAAUUUCUUUCGCAUGGUGUCUGACCGAGUUUACCACAUCAACGGUAAAUCAGAAUUCGGCCAUGCAGUAUAACACGUGGCGUGCGCUAAGGUUCUCAGUAAAGUUGGGAAGACAUGUUAAGUAUACUAAAUCUACAUUGAUAAGAUUGAAUACAUAUAAGAUUUCUGGCAUUAUGUCCCACAGUAGCUACUAUUAGUUUUCUACAGCAGGGACUUCGAAAAAAAUGCUAACGAGCUAAAGCUAAUUAGACCGUAAUUUAAAAGUUAAAAGACGGUUAGUUGUUUAUUUGCAGGAAUUAUGUUGCCUUCAUGUAUUACUCCGAC